AUGUCACGUGACACCUUGCAUUCGGACUUAGUGCACGACGGCUGUGAGGAGCUCAUCUUCGACCGCCGCGAGAAGGGCAUAUGGCUGAACAAGGACCUGGGCCACUGGUCCCUUCCCGGCAUCGUGCGCUGGCGCUACGCCGGUGCUGCCAAGCUGUUGGGCGAAACGCCGCAGGCAGCUGCGGACCAGCUGAGGACGUGGGCAGCAAGCAAGGAUGCUGGUCACUUCGAUGUCGGAACUUAUCAUAUCUUCGACCACAACUGCAAUCACUUCACAGCUGCCCUUCUUGGCAAAGCGGGCUUCAACUCGCAGAAGGUCCUUGGCUGCGGGCCCUUCCACAGCAACGACACACCGUGCCUUGCGCCGGAGAAUGCCAACCUCAGCCCAGAAGGUGUCCAGCGAAUGGCGAAGUUCCUGUGA